AUGGAGCCACCUCGCAACGUUCUUCAUAAGAACGGUGAACACCAUCGGCGCCGUGCUGAGACCGAAGCAGAGUGCCCUGAAUUGGAAAAUCUUCCCUUUCAGGACAAACCGCAGUCAGCAUUGCAGCAGCAGGACAACAUCACAACUUUUUUGUUACUUGGACGUGUAUAUAUUCGUUUGGAUCAGCCCAUGGGUGCACUUGAGGUCUACAAGAAUGGUCUUGACAAGUUUCCCGGGGAGGUAACUUUGCUCACAGCUAUAGCAAGAAUAUAUGAAGGUUUGCAUGAUCUCACAAAAGCUGUCAAGUUCUAUAGAGAUGUUCUCCACUAUGAUGCCACCCAUGUUGAAGCAAUUGCAUGCAUUGGUACUCACCACUUCUACAGUGAUCAACCUGAAGUAGCUUUGAGAUUUUACAGACGGCUCCUGCAGAUGGGUAUAUAUAACUGUGAAAUUUUCAACAACUUAGGCCUGUGUUGUUUUUAUGCCCAGCAGUAUGACAUGACACUCACCUGUUUUGAGAGAGCCCUAAGUUUAGCAUCAAAUGAAAGUGUUGCAGAUGUCUGGUACAAUCUUGGUCACAUAGCAUUAGGAAUUGGUGAUAUAAAUCUGGCAUAUCAGUGUUUCCGUUUGGCACUGGUUGCCAACAAUGACCAUGGAGAAUCCUACAAUAACCUGGGAGUUUUGGAAUACCGUCGAGGUAAUCUAGACACUGCAAGAGCUUUCUUCAUGACUGCUGCUGGUUUAGCUCCACAUAUGUUUCAGCCUCACUAUAAUCAUGCCAAGCUAUCUCAUAAGACUGGAGACCUACAGUCUAGUUACAUCAUAGUGCAGAAAGCUCUAGCUGUCUUUCCAGCACAUGUAGAUUCAAAGGAGCUUCUUAAAACUUUGGAAAUGCACUUCCACACACUAUAAAUGUAUGUAUUAUAAAGUGUAUAUAGCAAUUAAAGGUUCUGAAAUGAAAAUAUGUUCUGCAUACUUUACUAUGUAGUCACUUUUGAUUUCCAUGAAAAUCUUUUUAAUAGCUUCAAUGUUGCUGACAUGAUUGACCUGUUAUUUUUCAUAUUAACUGUUAAAGUAGGAAAUAAACCUUUUUUUUUUGCAGACAGGAUUUAUAUGAGCUAUUUCUUUUACUGGAGCAUAAUUUUCAGGUGUUUUGAUAAAGUACCAUUUCAAUGCAAGGUUUGUUUUGUUUUAAAUAUUUAUCUUUUGGUAAGAAAUAAAAUUUUAAGUCUUUUUAAUGUUAAAACAUGCUUCUGAACAUUCAUCCAACAGCAACUAACUGAUUAGUCAAAGAUGCUUUUGUCAGUCAUAUGUUAAAUUUGUUCACCUUCUGCGAGACCAAUACAACCACUUCAAAAACAAAUAUCAUGCUCAUUUUUUGACAGGACUGAAUGCUAUCCUUUAUCACAAGUGUCCUCUCUGGUGUGUCAGAGUCAUGUAAAAUGAUGUAUUUUUAUCACAUUAUCUGUCAUUAGUUAAUGUCUACACAGAAUACAAACUGCUAAUAUUUUGUAGUACUUGUAUAAGAAGCACCAGUAAGGAUGAUGAAAGAACCUGAGUUUGAAAUCAGGCAUUUAUCAUCAUAUACAGUGCACUGUAUAUUAUAUGGAUUUAGAUAUGAAUAUCAGCUAGCAAAGCCUACCUGAUACUCCUUCCAUCAUGUCUCUCUCUCUC